CUGGGCCGUGGUGCCCUAGGCGGUCGGUCUGUGAUGGAGAUCUGAGAAGGCGCCCUCCUCCAGCCGUGUCGCGCACCACUACUUCUCGUUGGGCGGUGCGGACUGCGGAUCUAACCGCGCUUGGCUUUUCCGCCUCAUUUUUUUUCUUCUCCGCCGGGCGUCUCCCUCUUUCCCGUCUUUCGUUCUCCUCAUCGGCGUCGCUUUUCUGCUGGCAUCACCCACGGCCUCCCUCUGGCUUCAUAAAACAGGAAAGAAGGGGGAGGCCCCAGGAGCAAUUUUUUCUUGGAGGCACGAGGCGCACGAUGGCGUGGAGGCGGAGUGUGAUCAGACUCGUCGGCGAUCUGAAUCUCCUUCGAUCCUUUCUCCCUCGGGGUGCUGCUCUUCUCCAUUCCCACGCCACCAGCUUUGGGUUCAAAGAAGUGCCAGAAGAAGAAAAAAGUAAAUUGGUUGGUAAUGUCUUCAGUAGCGUUGCUUCAAACUAUGAUCUCAUGAAUGAUAUGAUGAGUGCUGGAUUGCAUAGGCUGUGGAAAGAUAGGCUGGUUUCCAAAUUGCAUCCUUUUCCAGGAAUGAAGCAUCUUGAUGUGGCUGGUGGAACAGGUGAUGUAGCAUUUCGUGUUUUAGAAAGUAUAAAUAGUGUCAGCCGCAGGGCCAUGCAGGAUGGUCUUGCUGAGACAGAAGAAGAAACACAAAUAUACAUAUGCGACAUUAACCCAAAUAUGUUGAAUGUUGGCAAGAAGCGUGCUAUUGAAAGAGGGCUGGGUGAAAAUCACUGCCUUCAUUGGAUAGAGGGUGAUGCAGAAGCUUUGACUUUUGAGGAUGAAUCAAUGGAUGGUUACACUAUUGCUUUCGGGAUCAGAAAUGUCACUCACAUUGAGAAAGCUCUUGCAGAGGCUUACAGGGUUCUAAAACGAGGAGGCAGGUUCCUUUGUCUGGAGUUGAGUCAUGUAGAACUCCCAAUCUUCAAACAACUCUAUGAUUACUACUCAUUUUCAGUCAUUCCAGCUAUGGGAGAGCUGGUAGCUGGUGACCGAGAAUCAUACCAGUACUUGGUUGAGAGUAUUCGCCGGUUCCCUAACCAGGAGGCAUUUGCUCGCAUGAUUGUUGACACAGGCUUCGAGAAAGUAGAAUAUGAAAACCUUGUUGGUGGUGUAGUUGCCAUUCAAUCUGGACUGAAAUUAUAGGAGAUUCAUUCAAUCUUGUCAUGAUUCUCAAUCUUCAGAGUUAAGUGGCCAGUUGGCUUCAAACAAGAACCGGACAUCCAUGCAGAUGUGUUAAUGGCAACUUAUCAGUGGAAUUUAUUCUAUUGACAUCUUAAUUUAUGAUUUAUUUUGGUGUCUCAGAAAGAUGAGGCAAGUUUUGUAUUGAUGAUUAACAUAAAUGUUGUGCUUAGAAAUCUUUAGAUUUCUUGUGAGUUUUAUAGUGAUCAUGCAAAGCAUGUAUUAAGUAGUAUAUAAUUAGUUGUUGGUAUCGUGCUUUGUGCCCUCAUCUGAAUUGUGCUUAUGAUAAUACCAAACAUCUAUUUUUGGUGUGUUCUGCUUCA